CUAGAAAACCAGUGAGCAAGAUAUGGGCCAUUGCAAAGAAACAAAUAGAGGAAGGGGUUGCUAUUGAUGUGAGUAGUCGAAUGGUAGGAAAGACUAGAGACUCGCAAGAAAAGGGCAAUGAUGGAUGCAAAGGCCAUUGCAGACACUCCACUUAGGAAGAGGACUAAUGAAAGAUCAUUAGCUGCUACUAUUGGCAAGCCUAAGUCAACUGUGCAUGAAUGGAUAAAAAGAGGCGCUGGAACGAUGCCCCUUCAAGCUCCAAUGGCAGUAACACCGUUCCAGACGCCGGUGCCACAGACUUCACCUUUCCAGCCGCAACUAGCCAACACCAUGGCGCCUGUCAACUUGACUGGUGCACUCAAUGCUGCAGGGCCGUCGCGUCCCCCGCAAGGUACGAAUCCACAGAUUACCCCCGAGGGUCACUGCGUCUUGGUUGAGAGCGGAGAUGACGAGUGGGACAUUCCAAGGACUCACAAGAAAAAGAAGGGAAAAACCAUCCGACCCGCCACCUCCCGAAACGCCACCUUCGAAAGGCUGGGGGAUAGGGAAGAGGGCCAGAGAAAAUCAGCCAAGCUGAGGCUGGGGCAAAGUGUUGCCCAUGUCAGCGCUUUCGCCCGGUUAGGCGAGCUGAGGGAGGCCGAGCCUGCCCGCAUCCAACGCUCCCGGUCAAACCGGCAGGAGCCAGUCAGGACGUGGGCCUCUCGCCAGGAGGAGGAGGCAGAAAGCCAACCCAGGACCUUGCGAAAUCGAGCCACUGUAUGGUUCAACAAGCUUCGCCCAAGAAGCAUUGACUCAUUCAGCGACUUGGCCUCGAAAUUCAAGGCCAAGUUCCUGGAGAACUGUACUAAGAGGAAGAAAUUCACCUAUCUUAGUACGGCCGGACAGAGGGAAUCUGAGAACCUCACCCAAUUCCUCACCCGGUGGAAGGAAGAGGUAGACAAGAUCGAGGAGAUGGACGAUAAAACAGUAUUGUCCCUCCUCCUGAAUGGCUUGCGUGCUGGGGAACUAUACAAGGAAUUCUGUCGGAAACCCCCGGCCACGUAUCAGGAAGCCUACCAUACUGCGUGGGAGUUUGCUGAGGCUGAAACUCAACUCCGGGCAAAGAAAGAAGCAGAGCAUGGUUACAAGCCCAUGCCGGUGCAGGAGAACGACCGGGACAGGGACCGGCGGAGGAAUAACCGGCAGAGGGAGCAGAAGCCAGCCCCUGACAAGGAACAUAUUGGAAUGAUCUUCGGCGGGCCUGAAGGCGGAGAUUCAGGCGCGCAGCGGAAAAAUUGGGUCCGCAGCAUUUACGUUGGUGAGGUAAGUGCUGAACCGGCCAGGCGUAAGCAUACUAGGAGGGAGCCGAUAGUUUUCACUGACCGGGAUCUCCCUCCUACCGGUGAAGAUCACAAUGAUCCAUUGGUCAUCACCAUGGACAUCAAUGGGGUGGACGUCGCCCGGGUACUUAUUGACACCGGCAGCAGUGUCAACAUCCUCUACCUGAAGACCUUCCAGAAACUCAGGUUGUUUCGGACACAACUUGAACCCCUCAAAACCCCUCUCUCAGGCUUCACGGGAGAUACGGUAGAAGCUGAAGGGUCCAUAGUUCUACCGGUCGAACUAGGAUCGGGCAAAAAGACCGUGUGGAAGAGAAUGCGGUUCAUUGUUGUGGACAUCAAAUGCGUCCACAACGCAAUCCUUGGAAGGCCAGGCAUCAACAAAGUCUGGGCGAGGAACGCCCGGGAGUGCUAUUCCCGGGCGGUCAAGAAGAUGACUAAGGGGGUCAACGUCAUCUCCCAAGAAAUCACAAAGGGAGAGACCCGAGAGAAACCGGAGCCUGAAGCAGAGACGGUGGAGAUUGAACUUCACCCGGGUGAUCCAUCAAGGAUGGUCAGAAUUGGAGCAAACCUCCCAGAAGAUCUCAAGGCAGAGAUUACACGGGUGCUCCAAGAGUACGCGGGCGUAUUUGCAUGGAGCGUGGCAGAUAUGCCCGGAAUUGACCGCUCAAUCAUCUGUCACCGGCUGGCAGUAAGAGAUGGGAGUCGACCGGUACGCCAGAAGAAGAGGUACCUAGCCAGUGACCGGCGAGACUUUGUCAAGAAAGAGUUCAACAUUGAGUACCGGCCGAGGUCAGCAAUCAAGGGACAGGCCCUUGCGGAUUUCCUGGUGGAAAUGACCAGGCUAACUCCAGAUCUACCGGUCACCAAACCCACUGAGCAAUGGUGGGAGAUGGCGGUAGACGGGGCAUCUGGCCCUAGAGGGUAUGGGGGUGGAAUCGUGUUUUCCACCCCAGAAGGGUUCAAGAUCUACCAUGCAAUCGUCUUCAACUUCAAGCUGACGAACAACGAGGCAGAAUACGAAGCUCUAGCUGGAGGGCUCAGACUUGCCCAAGCCCUGAAGAUCAAUCGGGUCAGUAUCAAAUCUGAUUCCAGUUUGAUCGUUGGGCAAGUGUCCGGUAACAUGGAAGCUAGAGAAGGGCGGAUGGCACAGUACAAAGACUUGGUACUUGCCUUAUUGAAAAGCUUCGAGGAAUUCAAGAUCGCCCAAAUCCCCCGGGCAGAAAAUGCAGAUGCAGAUCUUCUCUCUAAAUUGACGUUGUACGCUCCCGAGCAUGUUUCAAAACUUGCCCGGGUGGAAAUCCUAGACCAUGCCAGCAUCGAAAAAUUGGAAGUAGCCGCCAUAACAGGAGCAAGCCAACCUGACCGGUCAAACUUGGUCGGGGCGGAUGACCACUGGAUGUAUGAUCUGAUGGAAUACCUAAUGGACGGAACCUUGCCGGAACAAGAAGACCGGGCAAGAAAGGUGAAGUUGAGGGCACCCCGGUUCCAAGUCCUUGAUGGAAAGCUGUACAAAAGGGCAUUCGGGGGGCCACUCCUGAGGUGCCUAACCAACCGGGAGGCUGAGCGAGUCAUAGCAGAAGUCCAUGAAGGUGUAUGCGUGGCGCAUCAGAUGUCCCGUACUCUUUCCCAGCGCAUUAUCUUGUUGGGGUAUUACUGGCCAACAAUUGUCCAGGAUUGCGAAAGGCUGCCCAUCGAAGCUGAAUUCCCAACGUUUCGGGAAUCAAAUUAUCAACCCCAGCAGAACGAGGAAGAUCACUUGGCCGAACUCAACUUGGUCGAAGAGCGAAGAAUGGCCGCGGAGGUAAAAUUGAGUACAUACCAACAAGUGGUGAAGAAGUACCAUGACAACAAGGUUGGGCCACGUUACUUCCAAGUCGGUGAUGAAGUCCUGCGAAGAAGGGAGGCUAGUAGACCGGGAGAUGGAGGAAAGCUGGCCAAGAACUGGGAAGGACCUUACCGGGUGAGAGCUAUCAUUCGCCCGGGAACCUAUCGGUUAGAAACUCUAGAUGGUGUACCGGUAGAACGAACCUGGAAUUCCCACCAUCUUUGCAAGUUCUACAAAUGAUUGUAAUACUAGGCAAGGCCUACUUUAUUAUCAAUCAAACCAAUGACAUUCAGCAUUCUACAUGGUAACAGCAGGAAUGAUAGGUCAAACCUAUAGUAGGAGGGCUUCCCAGGUGGAUCGAAUCCACUUGGAUAAGCCAACUGAGACACAGGCCCGGACCUGGCACGCUGGUUACUACACCGGUCUUGCUUAAUAUAAUAGAAAAAAUAUU